CUUCGAGUAUCAUCGUGGUGUUGGCGGCCCGGCGGGGUUGGAAUAUGAAGUUUCAAAGGCAAGACAGAUACAGAGCUUCGCCGUGGCUAUGAGAAGCGGAAUUUAUUCCAGCAAUCUUCAGCAGGUCUUUUCGAAACUGAAGCUCUGCAAUGAAGAUUUUAUGGGAAAAUUACUUUGCAGAAGAUGGACUUUGCUCAGCCCUGAAACGAAAGUUCACCAAGUAAUACAAAGAGACAAAUCCCAUGAUUGUAGUGUCUUUUUACGCACUAACCCUUCUUUCAAUGAUGACUUAAGGGAGAUGGAUAAAGGAGAUCGAUACUUCUAUAUUGUGCGGGAUGAUUUGUUGCACCCAUUAAUUAAUGGCAAUAAAGCAAGAAAACUAGAUGGGGUACUUCCUCUACUUGAAGAUUUUUCCGUCACGGAUGUGGUCACAUGUGGAGGCUGUCACAGUGCUCAUACAGCUGCUGUUGCUGCUCUUUGUGCCGAGAGAGGAAUCAAAUCACAUUUGCUUCUGCGAGGGGAGCAACCUGAUAUCUUGACUGGCUAUAACUUGAUGUCCACAAUAUAUGGAAAUGUGACAUAUGUUCCAAGAUCUAUUUAUGCCAACCGUGAAGAGAUGCUGAAGAACCAUGCCAAGUUGGUGGCUGGUGACAACGAUUCUAUUGUAUGGUUAAAUGAUAUUGUUGAAGCCUCAACCAUUGGCUUGUCUACUUCUCCAACAUUAGCAGAAAUUGAUGCUAGUAGAUAUGCUAGAAACCAUCCAAAAACGAUUUUAAUAAUCAAUGAAGGUGCAGCUGAAUCUGUAGCUCUACUAGGUGUUAUUCGGUUAGCGCAAUACUUGUCAGAGAAUCAUUUAUUUGGAAGAAGGGCCUUAAGAUUUGUUGUGGAUGCUGGUACUGGGACAACAGCUAUUGGUUUAGGACUCGCAGCUCGAUGCUUGGGAUUCCCAUGGGAGGUCUAUGCAGUCAUGCUGGCUGACACAAUUGAUGCAUACAGAGAAAAGCAAGAACGAUUAGUUUCUGAAUUUAAGAAGCAUUUUAAUGUUCAGUUUAUUGACCACAGUGCGAACAAAGAGGAUGCCAGAAUUGUGCAUUGGGUGGAACGAUUCCGUCCAAGAAAGUUUGGAAAGGUUUUGGAAGGGGAAAUGCAAACAUGCCAGCAAGUUGCGCGACAAACUGGGAUUCUGGUGGAUCCUGUGUACACUCUGGCUGCUUGGGAAAUGGCUACGCGUCUGUGUAACGAAGAAGCUAAAGGAGGACCAGAGGUGGUGAUGCUUCACACUGGAGGCACUUUGGGCACGUUUGGGUUGGCUCAGAGGUACAAAAAUUACUUUGGCACCCUCUAAGAAAGGACUCAACCUUUAUUAGCAGAUGACCAAUGUUACAUGGACUCCAUAGGGACUGGUUAAAAAUUUGAUGUUUCUCUCCCAAUAUUAUUUAUUUUUGACCUUUAUCGCAAUGUAAUAUCGGAUGAUUAAAUUUAUCUUUUAUACAUAGCGUAUUUGAAUUGAAAUUUAGACAUUAGCCAAAAAAAAAAAAA